AUGUGCGGCCCUUCUCCGGCCAUUCUCCGCCUGCUCGAGAUGGCGCUCGACAUUGCCUUUGACCGUCGCGACCGAGACAGCAGCAAGACCUUUUUCACGCCUGCCACUCGCCCGUUGCCGGAGAAUUGCAUGACCUUGCAAUUCUUGUCCACCUCGGGAUCUAGGCUGGCCUCCAUCCGCUCGGUGACAUCUCAUGAUAUUGCCGGUGCUACAUACACGCUUGGCGAUACAAAUAGAACUGUGAACGAUAUUGAUAACAUCGGCCAUUCCCUUACUUGA